AUGAAUGAUGCAAUGGGCGGGCAUAAGACAAACGCAGCACAAUGCUCUGCUGAUGCUAUUAACUGCUGCGCAAGGCAAUUAACGAUCGCCCUUGCCCUUGUCGUCUCCCCUAAGGAUAGAAAUCUUCGACAGCAUGUAACACUGUCAGCGCUGGUCGAUCAAGGUGUGAACGCGUCAUAUGUGGGAACAUCAGACAAUUACUUCGAAGAAGCACCACUAAAUUAUCGGGACGUUUUUCGUUCAUAUGGCAUUCAUUACGGAAAAGGAGUACUUCUGCAUGGCCCAUGUGGUUGCGGGAAAACACUCCUUGCCAACGCCAUCGCUACCGACUCCAGAUUCAAUUCCAUCUUUGUUAAAGGACCAGAGCUGCUUUCGAAAUAUGUGGGAACAAGCGAAGAAAAUAUCCGAAACGUUUUCAAAAGAGCACGUGCAACUGCUCCAUGCAUCAUUAUUUUUGAUGAACUUGAUUCCUUGGCCCCACAACGGGGAAGUGACAACACCGGUGUGACAGAUCGCAUUGUAAACCAGUUUUUGGCAGAGAUGGAUGGGGUUGAAGGCUUACAAGGAGUAUUUGUUAUUGGAUGCACGAACAGAGCAAAUUUAGUAGACGCCGCUUUACUUCGACCAGGUCGGUUCGAUCAUCUUGUGGAGUGUGGAAUUCCUAGUGAGGCAACCGUAAGGGUGAAAUCUGAUAGCCAGGAGCGGAUCAGUGCGGUCAACCUAGUGCAACGUAUCGCAAAUUGUAACGGUUACAUUGCUAAUGUACCGCGGAGGCCACGUCUUAUUGCGCAGUGA